CUGAUUUCAUUUAAAUAAAAGGUUUUAUGCAUCAGUCUUCAAUAGCUGGCAAAACGUUAAUACAAACGUUAAAUUGCAGAUUCAGGGUUUUUUUUUUAAAUUGAGAUCGCUAGAGGGAGACAUUUUGUUAAUCCUAAUCUCAGCACAUGAUCGUCAACACAGCGCCGUGUAUGGUAAGAAUUCAUGAUGUAGUCCAGCCUUGAUCAACCCGUUUGUUAUAAAUUGUCGGUGUAUUUACGUUUUGAACUGAAUAUAUAGUCGCUGUAUUUUUAUUUAAUUUUUCUUCAUGCCUAUGUCUAAUCCCAUUUAAACGCUUUUAUAAAUAUACAUCGUUGUUUAAAAUAAUUCAGUUCUAGAGCACAGAUAGGACAAUAUCUGCACUGGGCAUCUAAAUAUGCGUUUAUACGCUUUUAAACGGCAUCCGUUUCUAUCGUUAUAUUUAUGUAGGUUAGAAUUUUUGUACAUCGUAGACUGAAAAAAAAAAAAAACCCCGAAGAAAAUGUUAUGUCAUAUAACAGUAGUAGCUCUUUAACAUUCAUGAGCUCAUUAGACAGGGGCAGUGUCUAUUCUGUUUCCUGACAUAUAUUCAAAUGGAGCUGUAUCAGAGUCAGUACAGCACGCACUAUCUAGACAACCAUCCGUGUAUUUAUCCACGUAAACUCUCCAGUUUAAGACGCAAGAGGACCUACUGUGUCAUGUUGAGAAAGAAUGAAGCCGGGACGUCCCAACUUAAACCAGACAAUCCCCUAAUAAAAAUGGGUGUCCAGGAUGAUGAUGAUGUGAAGAGGAUGCUGCAGGGGUCCUCUAUGACGAAGGUGCGUUCUCCACGCUGGAAGAGGAAGCGCAUGCUAAAGCUGAUGAAUGAUGGAGUCACUGUCUGGUGUGAAUCCAACAAGGCCACCAACAAAGCCAAAAGUCAGCAGUCCUUCUCUGUGAUGGAAGUGGAGUGUGUGCAGGAGGGUUGUAAAUCUGAGAUGUUGAGAAAUCUGGCAACCUCACUCCCAGAAGAACGGUGUCUUACCAUUGUGUUCAAGGGAGGACGGAAGAGCUUGGAUCUCCAGUGUGACACAAAAGAGGAAGCCCAGCACUGGGUCCGUGGCAUACAAACCCUGCAGGACAGAGUCAGCAACAUGACCCAGAAAGAGAAACUUGACAACUGGAUCUAUGGCUACCUGAAACAAGCUGACAUGAACCAUGAUGGCAAGAUGUCAUACGAGGAGGUCCAGACCCUUUUCAAGAUGAUCAACAUAGACCUGAGUGAAGAAAAUGCAGCCAACCUCUUCAAGAAGUGUGAUAAGUCAGCAGACGGGCGGCUUGAACAUGAGGAGAUUGAGCUGUUUUGCCGUGAGUUACUACGUCGGCCUGAGCUAGAUGGAGUGUUUCAGCAGUACUCCGCUAAUGGUUAUGUCCUGUCCACCGUGGAUUUGCGUGAAUUUCUUAAAGACCAGGGUGAAGACCACACGCUUGUACAUGCUCAGAGCCUCAUCCUUACCUAUGAGCUCAAUGAAUGGGCCCAGAAGAACCAGUUUAUGACACCCAAUGGUUUCGCCAUGUACAUGCUGUCUAAGGAGAAUGACGUGUAUAACCCAGAGCAUGGCAGAGUCUACCAGGACAUGAGCCGCCCACUCAGUCACUACUUUAUCUCCUCCUCACACAACACCUACCUCACUAAAGACCAGCUCAUCGGCGAGAGCAGCAUUGACCCUUAUAUCAGAGCUCUGAGUCAAGGCUGUCGCUGUGUGGAACUGGACUGCUGGGAUGGGGAAAUUGAGCCAGUUAUUUACCAUGGGCACACCCUCACAUCCAAAGUGCCAUUUAGUGAGGUUUUGAAGGUCAUCGCUGAAUAUGCAUUCAGGACCUCUCCAUAUCCUCUUAUUCUGUCUCUGGAGAACCACUGCUGUGUGGAGCAGCAGACUAUCAUGGCCCAGCAGCUGCACUCAAUUCUGGGGGACAAACUGAUCACCAAACCGCUCAAUGACAAGCCACUCCAGUGCCUACCAUCACCAGAGGACCUAAAAGGGAAGAUCUUGAUAAAAGCAAAGAAGAUCAAAGUGGAGGAGGACAGCUCCAGCUCUGACUCAAGCUCCUCAGAUGAUGAAUCUAAAACUGAAAGCAAACCUAAAGCACAGAAGAGGGACUGCAGGUUGAGUACAGAGCUGUCUGAUCUUGUGGUGUACACCCAGAGUGUUGCUUUCAAACAAUUUGAUCCAUGUGCCAAGAAGCAUCCCAAUGAAAUAUCGUCGUUCUCAGAGAGUGAUGCGUUAAAGCUAAUCAAAGAAGCAGGGAAGUUGUUUGUACGUCACAACAGCAUGCAACUGAGCAGGAUCUACCCAUCUGGUCAGCGCUUGCAAUCUUCCAACUACAACCCUCAAGACAUGUGGAAUGCUGGUUGUCAGAUUGUGGCAUUGAACUUCCAAACCCAAUGUGAAGAGAUGGAUCUAAACAGAGGCCGUUUUUUACCAAACGGCCGCAGUGGCUACUUGCUAAAACCAAGCUUUAUGUGCCAGCCUGAUUCAGAUUUUAACCCGGAAAACACUGGGGGAGGCCCUGGCCACAAUCCAAUACUGCUUGCUAUCAAGGUGAUUUCAGCCCAGCAGCUGCCUAAACCUGACAAAGAGAAGCUCAGCUCAAUUGUAGACCCACUUGUAUGGGUGCAGACUUAUGGGGCUCCCAUAGAUAACAACACAAAGAAGACGCACCGCAUUGACAAUAAUGGCUUUAACCCCACAUGGGACUGCACCUUUAAGUUCCAGCUUCAUGUGCCAGAGCUGGUAUUAGUACGCUUUAAGGUUGAAGACCAUGACUACGCCACCAAGAAUGAUUUUCUGGGCCAGUUUACACUUCCUUUCACAAGUAUGCGGACAGGUUACAGACAUGUUCAUCUGCUGAAUGCAGACGGCUCUAGCAUGUCGCCCUCCAGUCUCUUCAUCCACGUUAAAAUCACACCUGGCUACAGCAGCCCUGCUGGACAAAUGGGCUCUCAUGGUACCAGAGAAUAAAGCAACGAGUUAAAGCACCUGGAGUGCCCUUAUUUGGGAAAUUACAAGUUGUAUAUGAAAUCUGAGACCCAAAAUUGCCACCACUGAGUGUGAGACAUUAUAAUUUAUUUAAAAAUGAUGCAGAAGUCAUUGUCACACAGUGGAAUAAAAUAUGUUUGUCUUGUUUUCCAGUAAAAAUAAGUACAUAUCCUCAAAAUGUUCAUUUUACAGGGAAACGAAAUGACAAGACUGAAUACAGUGUAGAAUUGCAAGGCAUUUUAUUUGUCUUGAAUUAAGUUAAGGCUUAUAGUUUAAUUGUGACAAUUUAUGAAUAUCAUUAUUUUACUGGAAAACAAGAUUAUUAUUUUAUAAUAAAAUUAUUAAAAUUAUAUAAAUAUAUAUGUGCAGAUGUAUGCAUAUUCCAAAUGUACAAUGUUAAUGAUGUUAUGUGAUGUCUUAAAAUGGCAAUGCAAUACAUUUAAUAUGUACCAGCCCAUGUUAUACAAAUAUUAUGUUACAUUUCCUAACAAAACAUUUUACUAUGCAGUUAUGAGUGGAAUUGACUCAGAGAAGCAUACUUGUAUAUUUUGUGUUGACAAUCGCGGAGUCCAACCAACAUAAUCCGUAUGCACUUGGUACAAUAAGAGCUCUCUAAAACUACUGCACUUAGAUGUCAACAUAAAGACAAGUAAAGAAAGAAAAAAUGAUUUUAUUUGUUUCUUAGAUAUCAGAUUGCCAAGUUAACUCUAAAACCUUUUGAAUUUUUAUGUUAAAGUAUUUACAGCAUUUAACUUGUGUAGCAGUUAUUUAGUCAGUUUUUCUCAUUUUUAUCAUGUAUUUAUAGAAUAGUUAUCUUUAGGAUAUUUCUCUCAAAGUGCAGUUUGGGCUUCAGUAGUUUAAGGGUGAAUCCCAUUUCUCUGUCUUACCCCUUCCCCUACGUCUUACCCCUAGCCCUUGUCCCUCGAAACCGAGUGGUAUGCGCUAGGGGUGAAAACAUACCCCUAUGAAAUGAGACACCACUUGGUUACGGUUACGUCAUCAUACACCGUCGCUAGCUGGCUGCUACGUCACCAGAGCCGACAACUGUCGAUCACAAACUUUGGAUCGUUUUACAAACUUGUUAAAACUGUAGAUAUGCAUGAAGUCCAUUCAAGGCUAGUCUGCGGGACUGUUGUGCAAAUCAGCAAUGUAACGUUAGCGUCGCAAACUAGCGAUUUUUUAAAAACGUUUCAAUUAAGAACAUGGUUGCAAAUAUAUAUGUACAGGACUGUCUAGAGCACAAAACAAGACUGUCGUAAUUUUUAAAUAAAUUAUUUAAGCCGAAAAUACUUGAUUGUUGCCGGUUGCGCAGUGUGUUCUGGGUACCCCUCGGUUUCAAGUAAGCUCGUGAAAAUGCUUGGUUUUAAGGGGUAUCUACCCCUUCCCCUUAGCCCUACCCCUCGAUCAAAACGAGAAUUGGGACAGCCCUUACUCUCACGUGAACGCGCAAAACUAAGGGGAAGGGGUAAGGGGAAGGGGUAAGACAGAGAAAUGGGAUUCACCCUUAGUCUAAUUAUAAAUGCUUGAAAAUGCUCUGUUUGUUUUGAUAUGUUUUGAUGUUACCUGAUUGGCCAAUAUGAUAUUAAUAUUAAUGAACAGAAUCAAUGCCAAGUACUCUGUCAUGUAGCCAUUUAAAAAAAAACAUGUUAAAAGAGUCAUGAAAUGGAGAAUCAAAAAUUCUUGAUAUUUAGACAUACAAGAGAUUACUCUACAUUAAAAGCAUAAUGCAAGUUUCAAAACUCAAACUAACUCCCCAGUUUAAAAUAUGAAUUAUUUUCAACCCUUCUGAAAUGCCCAGAUUUAAAAUCUUAAGAAUCGUGACAUUACAAUUCUCCUUGACACGCCCCUUAACAUGUCUCAUCAUCAUAUGAAAUUAAGAAGGUGUGUUCUGAACAACUCAUGUCUGUCCAUCAAUCAAUUACAAUACUGCUGUUAGGUAAAGAAGGACCUUUUUGGUGCAAUAUAAGUUGCAUUAUAUAAACUAACCUAGAGAAACAUCAAAUAAAAAUCUGAAACUGUAUUUCAUGACCAUCAUGACCUGUGAUCAGUGUAAUAUGUAAGGGCUCAUGUACAGACAUUCUUUAUCGCAAAGUGGUUUACUGCUGUUUAUGCAUUAGUGAAUCAAACCAAUAACUACAAAUUCACCUUCACACUGUUCCUGUUAGUAGCAUGAAAACCAUCUGUUAUCUAUAUUGUAAUUAUUUUAUAUGCAGAAAGUUGAGUCUGAAUGCAAUGACAGGGUAUUCUACAUGCCUGUCAACCUAUUUGCAUACCUCCGGGCAGCCAAUAGCGAGAGUUUGGGGUAUGGCUACUAUAGCGGUCUGAGCCAGAAGGUGUUAAAGCUUCUGUGAAAAAAAGAAAAAAAAAGCCAGUGUGAAAAAUGAAAUUCAGAUUCUGUUACAGAAGUACAUGUACAAUUUAGAAAAUUUGCCAAAAAACACAGAGAUAAACAAUGGUAUAACAAGGGUACACGUGUGUGUGUUUUGUAAACAAAGAUUAAAUAACUUGAUGAAAUGUUUAAGUUUUAAUCGAUACAGUGAACUUGCAGAGUUUUUUUUUUUCCUCAACAGGUAAGCUAAAGGUAAAAGUAUUCCUAAUAUGUUUAACCUUUACUGAAAGUAACCUACUUUUACCUGGCUGAGGCAUGCCCUCACUUUUAUAGACCCGUAAGAGCUGUGUUUGUGUUGUUUGAGUUAGAGGCAUUUGCAAAGGUUGUUUGAAAACAUACUUUAUUUUUGUAGUUCCACUAGAUGACACCAGUAGCACAGAAACGACCUACCCUUCAAUCUUGUCAGCUGUUAUAUUAAAAAUAGUGAUGUGUAAUAACCAGUUUGUCUGUUGCGAACUGUGCUUUUGUUGUAAAUUCUGUUUGAAAAAACACAAUAUCCUACAUAACAUGUCCAAGUACCUGUAUGUGUGCAAAAAAACAAAACAACUAAAAAUGUAUUAGAAAAUAAAUGUAUUAUUUGUCAUUCCCAUACAGAAAUGUAACGCAUGAUAUAUAUCCCUAAUCGCGAGUUCUGUUGUCAUGUAUGUUUUCUUAUAAGACAAUAUACAGGUGCAUCUCAAUAAAUUAGAAUGUCGUUCGUUUAUUUCAGUAAUUCAACUCAAAUUGUGAAACUUGUGUAUUAAAUAAA